GUACUCUUGCUGUGAUUGGUUAAAUGUGAUAUCAGUUUCCUGGUUCAGCAAUUUCCCAAUAAAUUGCUGUUUGCAGAUGUCGUAGGAGGUUUUUAACUUUUGUUUGUUGUAUGGCGGCGGUCGUGUUGUCGUAGUUCGGACUUCAUGGUUUAGUUUUGAUAGUUUUUUUGCGUUUAGUCAAUAGAAACCAUGCAAGUUUGGACACAUGUCGUGGUCUCCCUUUUGUGCAUUGUCAUAGGUGUCAAGGGGAAAGCCGUCCCUUCGCUUCCAGAUUUUGGAAAAACGUAUCAUGUUAAAGGUGUAAUCUCACUGCCGUACGCUGAGAUCAUAGAGCCGUUCGAGGCCUGGUUGGACCUGGACGCCAAGUCGAGUAGGAUUGACUACUAUCACGGUCAAGUUUCUACGUACCAGCUGGGGGCAGGUCAGCAGUAUGGCACCUCGUACAAGAUCAGCCCAGAGACCACAGAGACCGAGCUCAAUGUCAUGAAGUGUUUUCAGGUUAAUGGAACCAAAGAUGAUCUCAUCAAACCACAAACAUCAUUACCGGAUGUACAGGGCUUCCAGUUUCUGAGGAUGGAGUACUACGGAGGAUCUCUGUGUGAAGUUUGGCAGAACGUCACAACAGUGGGUAAUAAGAAGAACACAUACACAUUGUGGGUGACCCGCGCCGAGAGUGGCCCUGAUGCCACGCCCUUACACUAUGAGAUGAUGGGGUACAACACCCUGCUGGGCUCUCACUACGACAAAUACCUGGUGGACUACAAAGAGUACAGCGCUCAUGUGGACCCCAAAGUCUUCUCUCUGCCUGAAGGCAUGACUUGUGGAGGAUUCCCUGGGCCUGGAGUGGAGCACCAUAUACUGGCCAAUCCGAUGAAAGAACUGAUCCACACGUCCGCAGAGGGCCACACGCAGCACGUAUUUAACCAUUUCAAAGACAAGUUUCAGCGGCAGUACAGCAGUGAAAGAGAACACGAGGAAAGGGAGCACGCUUUUGUCCAUAAUCUUCGGUACGUCCACUCCAAGAACAGAGCCGGCCUCUCUUACACGCUCGCCCUGAACUCUCUGUCGGAUCGCACCAUGUCAGAACUGUCUGUGAUGAGAGGAAGGAAAAGCAGCAAAACUCCAAACCAAGGGCUUCCUUUUCCUAAAGUUUACAGCAGCGUGAAGGUGCCAGACUCCCUCGACUGGAGACUCUAUGGUGCUGUGACUCCGGUGAAGGACCAGGCCAUCUGUGGUUCAUGUUGGAGCUUUGCCACCACUGGAACAAUAGAGGGCGCACUUUUUCUGAAGACUGGGUCCUUGCAGAUCCUGUCCCAGCAGGUUCUGGUCGACUGCUCCUGGGGUUUUGGCAAUAACGGCUGUGAUGGAGGAGAAGAGUGGAGAGCCUACGAGUGGAUGAUGAAACACGGAGGCAUCGCCACAACUGAGACAUACGGAGCUUAUCUGGGCAUGAAUGGGUUUUGUCACCUGAACGAUUCCCAGCUCACAGCUCGUAUUCAGAGCUACACCAACGUGACCUCGGGCGACGCAGACGCUCUCAAAGUCGCUCUGUUCAAAAAUGGCCCUGUCGCCGUCAGUAUCGACGCUGCCCACCGAUCCUUUGUGUUUUAUAGCCACGGCGUCUACUAUGAACCUGCCUGUGGAAAUACCCCAGAUGCCCUGGAUCAUGCUGUGCUGGCCGUGGGAUAUGGCAGCCUCGACGGGGAGCCGUACUGGUUGAUUAAGAACUCCUGGUCCACUUACUGGGGCAACGAUGGAUAUAUCCUCAUGUCUAUGAAGGACAACAACUGUGGAGUGACCACAGACGCCACAUUUGUGACUCUGGCCUGAGGAGGUUUGGGUCAUGUCCUAAAGAGGAAGGACGUUUAGGUUUUGUCCUAAAGCCACUGUAGCUGCGUGACACUGUUGUACAUGUCGGCUUCUCUGUUGCCUUGUGCUUUAUGUAAUAUUUUUAAUUUUUGUAACAAGUUGCACUCAGAACUGAUCAGAUUUUAAGUCUGGCCCAAAGGCCGUCACUUUAUUAUUUACUUGAUUAUUACAGUUUUUAAAUGCAAUGCAUUCAAAUGAUACAAUAAAGUUUAUUUUGUAAAUGAGACCCACAAACACAAUCUGAGUUUGACAGAUUUAAAAAAAUAUUGUUGGAAGUCACCAAACUGAUGCUACAUUUUCACCUUAGACUGUUUUGAUUGUGCCUGUAGCUUCAAACUAAAACAAUGUUUAUAUCAAACUUUUAAAGGUUUAAGUGUAAACACAUGAAUUUGUAAAACAAGCAUCACAUUUACAUUCACUGUAAACUUUAAAUUGUAGCUCUUUGUUAAAAACUCAUUCAGUUUGACAUUGCCACUGUAGAAAUGCAUUCAGUCGGCACACUCUGUACAAACAGUUAAACAUCUGGAAACACAAAACAUGCUACAAAAGGUCAAAGGCCAUGCUACUAAAAUGCUGUAAUGUAACAUUGCCGUCACAAAAAUGUUGUUAUAAAACAUUCUCGUUAUUAGAAAAACAGUUGUGCGUUUGAAGCGUUUUCUCCCCUGGUCCGAGGGAAAGGUUCAUAUGACAAAACAAAUCAACACAAAGGAAACAAAAGGCUUAAAAUUUUAAAACUGUAAACAUCUCAGUCUUGAGAGUAUUUUAUAUCAAGAACACACAUGUUAUAUAUAAAACCAGCUUGGCACCAGAAAAGUCCCUUGUGUUUGCUCUGAGUGAACUGUAAAACCUGAGUUUAUUGCAUAGAGUGAGUUGCAUAGAGCAGUGUGAGACAUGUUUGAAGUUUUGGCUCAGACUUUCUGUAAAAUGAACAGUAAAAAAAAGCAAAGUUCUACGUUUGACUUUC